AUGGGUGUGAAAAUUACAGCACCAGAGACCCCAAAGAAGGAGCGGAAAACGUCUCAUCUUGUCUUUUAUGUACUGCUGGUUUGCCACUCCCAGUUCCUGUUAGCCCAGCCUGCUAGACCCAGGAUUUCUGCCUGUGACCAGCCCUCACGGAAGAAGGUUUUCCAUAGUGAUGGAGCCUGGAGUGAGAUCAGACAGGAUCAGUCAGCCUCUGAAGUGAAAAGACCUGGAGAGAGAGUGAAGAUGUCUUGUGUCAUUUCUGGUUACAGCAUGACAAGCUAUAAUAUCCACUGGAUCAGACAGAGACCAGGGAGAGCUCUGGAGUGGAUUGGGUGGAUGAACACUGGUAAUAAUGAUGCAAGCUAUGGCAGCUCCUUUCAAGGUCGAUUCAUGAUGACAGAAAAUGUCCCCAGCAGCACUCAGGGAGAGCAGAGGUGUCAGCCCCAGUCCUGGCAAGUCACCCGGGCCCAACAACAACCGCCUGCCAAGACCUCGGACCAGGUGGCCCGCUCCUCCUCCAGGCCCCAGACUCCAGGCGGCAAUCGGAAAAACAGAGUCACACAGUCACAGAGAAGCUCUCAUUGGAUCAUCUUCAGCACCAACAUGUUCUCUGUAGCUCUGCUGCUGCUGGCUGCUGGAUACUGUGUAAGAUGUGAACAGCUGACACAGCCAGCCUCUUUGACUGUGCAGCCAGGUCAGGCUCUGAGCAUCAGCUGUCAGGUCUCUUAUUCUGUCACUAGCUAUGGCACAAACUGGAUCAGACAACCUGCAGGAAAAGCGUUGGAAUGGAUGGGUGCUAUUUGGUAUCAUGGAGGCACAGCCUAUGCCAACAGUGUUCAAGGACGUAUAGAAAUCACCAGAGACACCAGUAAGAACAUAGUGAAUCUGAGACUCUCCACCAUGAGGCCAGAGGACUCUGCUGUGUAUUACUGUGCCAGAGACUCACAGUGGUUAAUGUGAGCACAGCGGCUGUACAAAAACUCCUCACAGAGCAGAAGACAGGGGUGACAUCAACACAGAAUAACUGUGUGGUUGUUAACGAUUUCCUGUCUUUCCAACUUUCUGCCAAUAGUUUUUCCCUUCAAUAAAUGUGUUUCUGAGAAUGCAUAUCAAUGUGAUGCAGCAGAUUAG